UUAAAGCCCACUCGAAAGUGCUUUAAUAUCCAAUUGGCGUUUAAUAUUUUUUUGACGGGAGGGGUAAUAAUCAUAGGGAUUUCUCGACUAACAUAUGUGUUGGCCUAAUUGAAUGGCAACAUUUGUUCGCGAUCGUUCUCGGAACGAUUUAAAUCACCUCGGUUAGAUUCGCCGAGAGACUCGCAAGGUGAGGAAAUAAUGCAGUCUUUCGGUGAUGACACUUUACUCGCUUGCAUAAACGUCGAAAAGAGGCAUCGAAUCGUGCAAGAACAGGCCGAGAAUAAAAUUCCUUUGCAGGAGAACAACGUUAGUGAAUUGGGUAAAUAUUUCACCUCGGACUCGCAACUUUUGGAAAUCGCAAAUAAGGAGAACGAUGUGGAUAAACUGUCUGAUUCCGGCGCGAAAAAGACAAGAGCGGAGAAUGCGUCUGACAUAGUGACGUAUUUCGAGGAUAGUAUUAUAUUUCCCAAGGUAAACAGUAGAAGGAAGUUAACCUCGGCCUCCAGUUCAAGAGAGAGCGGGCUCCUGCCGGUCCAAGAAAAUCGGAGCACUCGUAAAACAAACAAGAAGAAUAUUAAUAUUGAUUUGAAGGAGAAACAUCGUUUCGACGCAGCUAACAAUCUAAAGAGCCGCGGUGGAUCUGGUUUCGGUGGAACUCGAAAGUUUUGUAAAUAUAGGUCUCCUGCUAAUACACAACAAGAUGCAACAAGUAGCAGUAAUGUCAAAACGUUGUCAGCCGUUAAUUCUACAUACGAUAGAGAAAAUUCGGAAUUCGUUAUUUCAUCUCCACCUCUGUGCACUCAGGAUCGUUGUAAAUUGGCAGAGUGGGGUUUGCCACCAAAUAUUCUACAGAAAUAUAUUGCCCAUGGAGUGGAACGUAUGUUUGAAUGGCAAAUGGAGUGUCUAUCAAAUCACUUAGUAACACAAGAGAGAAAGAAUCUCGUAUAUUCCGCACCUACCUCUGCAGGAAAGACUUUUGUCGCUGAAAUCCUCUUAAUUAAAACUGUUCUUGAAAGGAAAAAAAAAGUGAUUUUUAUUUUGCCAUUUGUCUCUGUUGUUAGAGAAAAAAUGUAUUAUUUUCAAGAUUUAUUGUCUGACAUUGGAAUAAGAGUGGAAGGAUUUAUGGGAGGAAGUGUCCCACCCGGAGGAUUUGCCGCCACUCAUGUUGCGAUAGCCACCAUAGAAAAGGCGAAUUCUUUGGUGAAUCGUUUGAUGGAAGAGAACGACUUGGGUAGCUUAGGAGCUGUGAUAAUAGACGAAUUGCAUCUACUCGGUGAUCCUAAUCGUGGCUACCUCUUAGAGUUACUUCUGACAAAGUUGAAAUAUAUGACUCUCCACAACAACGACAUCAAUAUACAAUUGAUAGGUAUGUCAGCCACACUACCAAAUUUGAUUAUACUAGCCAAAUGGCUGAGCGCGGAAUUAUACAAGACUGAAUUUCGGCCCAUACCCUUGAACGAAUAUUGUAAGAUAGGAACAAAUAUAUAUAACAACAAAUUAAAUUUAGUCAGAACAUUAACGGAGUUGCAAGAAUUAAAAGCAGAUGCAGAUAAUAUUCUGCAGCUUUGCAUCGAAACAAUAAGUGCCGGUCAUAGUGUGUUGAUUUUCUGUCCUACAAAGAAAUGGUGUGAGAAAUUAGCAGAGCAAAUUGCUACAGCUGUUUUCAAGUUAGGUUGUACAAAUACAGAGCUUGGUGAGAUGUUAAAAAGAGAAAUUGAUGCCACGUUAAUUCAUGAAACUUUAGAACAAUUAAAACGCAGUCCAAGUGGGCUAGACAACAUUUUAAAGAACAUUAUUUCGUUUGGUAUUGCAUUUCAUCAUGCUGGACUCACGAUGGACGAACGCGAUAUCAUUGAAGGAUCCUUCAGAACGGGAUCCUUGAGGGUUCUUGUAGCAACAUCGACAUUAAGUAGUGGAGUGAAUUUACCUGCCCGAAGAGUAAUCAUAAGAUCACCUUUAUUUGGUGGCAGUCCGUUGAACACUUUAACUUACAAACAAAUGAUAGGACGUGCUGGUCGAAUGGGGAAAGACAGUGCAGGAGAAAGUAUACUAAUAUGUAAACCGAAUGAACGUAAUGCAGCUGAGUCAUUACUCUCUUCAGCUCUGGAUCCAAUUGAAUCUUGUCUUAAUGAUUCCAUGCUAUUAAUAAGGGCGCUUUUAGAAGCAGUAGCCAGCGAAGUUUUAUACACACCCAAAGAUUUAGAGCUGUAUAUUAAUUGUACUUUGCUGAGCUUAAAUGAACAGUCUGAUGUGCAAAUAUUUGCCAAUAAUGCGAUAAAAUUUUUAUUAGAUAAUGAAUUUUUAUUAUUACAAACUACAAAGCGAGAAUCCAGAUGGGUAGCCACGCCACUUGGAAAAGCAUGUUUGGCCGCGUCUAUACCUCCUAGAGAAGGGCUGUUUCUGUUUGAAGAAUUACAGAAAGCACGAAGGUGUUUUGUUUUGGACACCGAAUUACACGUGAUAUAUUUGGUAACUCCACUUUCGUCCGGAUGUCAAAUUGGAACUGUCGAUUGGAUGACGUUUCACGAAUUAUGGAAUAGCAUGUCUGAGAGCGAGCGCAGAGUGGGAAAUCUCGUCGGAGUGGAAGAACGUUUUGUGUUAUCAGCUAUUAGAGGAACUAUUAAACCUGGAAAAUCGUUGAAUAUACAUAAGAGAUUCUACAGCGCAUUGGCGCUACACGAUUUGGUUAAAGAGGUGCCGCUUCAUGUAGUCUGUAAAAAGUACGGGUGUUGUCGCGGUGUAUUGCAAACUUUACAACAGUCUGCUGCUACGUACGCAGGUAUGGUCACGCAAUUUUGCAAGCAGUUAGGUUGGGAUUGCAUGGAAUUAUUGGUGAAUCAGUUUCAAACGAGAUUGCAAUUUGGGGUCAGCAGAGAUUUGUUAGAUUUGCUGCGUCUGCCAAUGUUAAACGGGUUGCGAGCAAGAAGUUUGUAUAAACGAGGAAUAGAAACCGUGGCGGAUUUGGCUGUUGCUAAUGAACUUAACGUUGAACGCGCGCUUUACAAUGCUCUCCCUUUCGAAAGCGAAAAAGAAUGCGAAGGAGAGUAUUCAUAUGAAGUAGAAAAGAGAAAUAAAAUGAGAACAGUAUUCGUUACUGGAAGAGAUGGCCUUACACCUCGAGAAGCUGCAAUUUUAUUAGUUCAAGAGGCGCGGAUGUUAAUUCAGAAUGAAUUGGGACUUGAGCAAAUGCCAUGGGAACAAAAUGAGCAAUCUUUGCAAAUAAAUAUCAGAGCUGCUGAAGAUAUAUCUGACACAAAAGAAAUUCAGACGAACUUGGAUGUAGAAAACUCAAAAUCUUCGAAAAUGAAAACAUCUAUCAUAGAAAAUUCGGUACACGAAAAAUCUAACAAAGAAGAAAAAGAUGAUAAUUUGAAACCUAAUGCAAGUAAAGAAAUCAGUGAGACUAAUAUGUCCAACAGCAAAGAAAUAAUUGAAUUAAAUAAUCAGCAUUUGAAUGAAAUCAAUUUGUCACCUAAAGUCACAGAUGGUAAAGAUUCAUCUAUUCUUCUUCAUAUAAGUUCUCCCGAUAUAUUAACGGAUGAUGAACUAGAUACUCUUAACAAAUGGAAAAAUUCUCUCGUACACAAAAAAUCUAACAAAGAAGAAAAUGAUAAUUUCAAGCCUAAUGCAAGUAAUGAAAUCGGUGAGACUAAUAUGCCCGACAGCAAGGAAAUAAUUGAAUUAAACAAUCGGCAUUUAAAUGAAGUCAAUUUGUCAUCUAAAGUCACAAAAAAUGAUAAAGAUUUAUCUACUCUUCUCGAUAUAAGUUUUCCCGAUAUAUUAACGGAUGAUGAACUAGAUACCCUUAACAAAGAGAAAAAUUCUCUCGUGACUAAUAAUGGCGUUAAGCGAAAAGAUAAAAGUUUAGAAAGAUCCUUGAUUACUAAAGAUAUAUGUAACAAAAGGUUAAAAAUUUCCAGCACAAAUGAGAUGAAAAAUAACGACAAGAAUUUAAUUGAUAAAAACGAAAGCGCAUCUAUAAUAAGCGAAGAUGUCAAACCAUCUUAUUCAAGGAGUCCCAGUUUAUUUGAUGACAGUUUGAAUCUUGACACCCAAAUGUAUGAGAUUCUCGAGCAAAAUAUAAAGGAUAUCACAAAACCAGAUUCGAAAAUAUCUGUAAGCGAAUUGGACACCGCAAACGCGUUACGAAAGGAAUCUACAAAUUCAAAUACUGGUAAUGUGCAAUUGUGUAGAGAAAAUAUUGCGAAAAACAUAACGGGCACGGCUAACAUACAAGUCAAAACCAGCAUAUUGUCGUGGAGCGAUGAUUCGUGGAAUAAUACCGAAGGAUUGCUGAAACACAUAGCUCAAAAUCAAAAUACGAUCGAAUCCAAAAAGAAAACAUGUAAUCCCAAAAUUAAAAACGUCGUAAAUACAAAUAUAGCUGUUACGUUAAAAAAUAAAAUUUGCACACGAAACAAUACAGAAGAAAAAGCGGAUGUGCAUAAAAUGGAUGUUAAAAAACAUCCUGUAUCAGUUAAGGAAAAAACGCUACGAAAAUCUAAAUUAUCAAAAGUAGUGAAGGAAGUAGAUUCCCCAGUAGCAAAUAUAAUUGUUUUCAGAAAGGAACGAAAGACGUCUGUCGAUUCGAAUAAAUCCGAUUCGGAUGACUUCAUCGUCAGUUCGCAGCACUUUGAGUCCCCUUUUAGCAGCAGCAAAAACCAAACAAAAACGACAUUGGAGAAAAUGCGAAAACUGCGUUCUCAGAAACUCGUCGAAGAUACAAUAGCGGAAAUAAAUAAUCGUUUAAAUUCUCCUAUAAAAGAAAUAGAGAAUGACACGGCGAAAGAUAAAAUGAAAAAAGAAGAACAGAAAGCGAAGCCAAAGGAAAUUUUGGCACAAAAUUUGUUAUUCGCUGCAAAUUGCAGUAUUGACAGUGUUGUAUAUAAUUCUGAAGAUGAGACUGUAAAUAAUUCGACGAGAUCAGCUUUAAAAUUAAAGCAGGAGACGCAAGCGAGUAAUUUGGAUCAAAAUAUAAAAUCAAAGAUAGAAAAUCUAUUACCUAAUAACAAAAAAAAUUUGUUGAACGAAACGAUAGAUUGGAAUACAUUGAAUAUUGUGAAAGUUGGUAAUAAUAGAGCGACUUUUAAUCUAUUCAAACGCGAAGUAUUGAAGAAGCGAGAUAUCGCGUUAGCCUUACAUUGCGACAUGUAUGUAGAUAAUACCAAUAAUAUAGGCUCGAAAAUUUAUGUCUCCAACACAGAAGGAAAACGAAGGACCAGAAGAUCUGGAAGUUAUGCACAUGGAAAUAAAGAAAUACGCGGCGUUGCAAUAUCUUGGGAAAGUAAUAUUGCCUAUUAUGUUUCUUUCAGUAACUCACAAGAAUCAAAAGUCUCUGGAAAGGAACAAAUGGCUCUAAUGAAAGAAUUAUUUUAUGAUACAACUUUGUAUAUGAAAUGCUUCUCGGUAAAAGAUAUUUAUAAACUUCUACAUCGAUGCUGUGGGAUUACUGCCAAAUGUAGAUUUCUUGAUCCUAUAAUUGCACAUUGGUUGCACACUAAUGGUUUCGAGAAAAAUUUUACUGAAAUGGUAGUACAAUACUUUCCACAAGGGAAUUUUAUAAUGAAACGUACAAAAUCUUGUUACUAUGCCGGUCCCGGGAUGGAUGUGCAAAGCUCUUUACCAGGCGAGUUUAGAUCAGCAGCAGAAGCCGUGCUUACAUGGCACAUGAUGGAUAAUGUCACGAGUAAAUUAGAAGAACUUGAUCCUGCUUUGCUUUAUACAUUUAGAGAAGUAGAAAUGAGAAUUGUGACAACUUUAGCUUGUAUGGAAUUAUCAGGCAUUGGAGUGAAUCUAAAAUCUUUACAAGAACUGUCAGCAGUUAUUUCAGACGAAAUGCAAUCUUUAGAAACGAAAGCUUACAAUUUGGCAGGUAGAAAAUUUAAUUUUUCGUCAUCCAAAGAAGUCGGCCAGGUAUUAGGAUUAUAUAAAGAUAAAAAAGUUAGUACAAACAAGGCUGUUUUGGAAAAAUGUGAUAAUCCGAUAUCAAACUUGGUGAUUUCUUGGCGAAAAUUAAGUUCAACUAGAACAAAAAUGAUUUAUCCGUUAUUAAAACUGGCCCAAAACGAUUCUCGCAUUCGUGGUAAUUGCAUCACUUGUACCGUGACAGGAAGAGUCUCGAUGCACGAACCAAACUUGCAAAAUGUGCCAAAAGAUUUCAAUUUCGCAGACAAUAAUCUUGUCAUAAGCGUAAGAAUGGCAUUUGUACCAGCUUUAGGCAACAUAAUGCUAUCGGCCGAUUAUUGUCAACUUGAAUUACGCCUUUUGACCCAUUUUUCGCAAGAUUCAGUAUUGUGCAAAAUCAUGAAACAGCCGGGUGACAUUUUUAAAAAUAUUGCUGCUAAAUGGAAUAAUGUAACAGAAGAACAGGUAAAUAAUGAAAUGCGUCAGCGUACCAAGCAAUUAUGUUACGGCAUGAUUUACGGCAUGGGAGUGAAGUCAUUGGCCGAAAAUUUGUGUGUAAGUGAACCGGAAGCUCAGGAAUUUUUAGAAUCUUUUAUGGGUGCAUAUCCUGGCAUAUAUAAAUGGUUAAACGAUGUACUAGAGGAAGCGCACCGCGAUGGAUACGUGGCAACGUUACUCGGAAGACGUAGACAGCUUCCGGAUUUAAAGAGUACAAAAUCGUCUACGAGAGCACAAACAGAACGACAAGCAGUAAACACAAAGGUACAAGGCUCUGCUGCGGACAUAGUCAAGAAAGCCAUGAUAAGUAUAGAGGACAAGAUAAGAAGUUAUUUUCCGGAUUCGACUGUGAUAUUUCCAGAAGUACAUACCACGCGCAAACUACGAAGUAAUUUACAACAGAGAGGUGGUUAUUUAGUUUUACAGUUACACGAUGAACUAUUAUACGAAGUUAAUUUAGUAGAUUUAAAGCAAGUUGCUGUAAUAAUCAAAGAAUCAAUGGAAAAUGUGUGCCAACUUAGUGUGCCAUUGCCAGUAAAAGUCAGAGUUGGACCUGCAUGGGGUGAUUUAAAUGAUUAUCAAUUUUAGCAGACACUAAUGGCGCGCUAAUAAUUUUUAAAAAUUAUUUUGAUACAUUUUGAAAGUAAUUGAUCAUGGUUAACUAUUUAUGGAUCAUGCCAACAUUUACACACAAAUAUUUUAUACAAUAUUUUUUUAUAUUUAUAAGAAUUGUAAAUAUUUAAUCGUUUAAUUCAUAUCAAUCAUAUACAUAUUUUUAUAUACGGUUAUAGUGAUAGAGAUUUAAAAUCAAUGAAAAUCGUGAAUAGUUAAAAUGAAAUUUAAUAUUUUUUGAAAUAUCAAAAAUCAUUUUCAAAGAUCAAUAUAUAUACAUUUUUCCAUAUUUAAAAAAAUAUUUAUUAUAUUGAAACUUAAUUGAAUCAUGUUAGUAUUUAAAAGUAAAGAUAUUUUAUCUUUUCAUAUCUUUUAUAUUGCCAAAAAUUGAAAAUGUUUUUAGUAAUUUAUCUCAGUUUUUUUAUUAUAAGAAAAAAUAGAAGUUAGUAAGUAAUAGAAAUUGUAAAUAGUUCAUACUUUAUAAAAUGGAAUGCAAUAUCUUUGAUAAAUUUUUGUAUGUAUAUUUCUUACUUUUCAAAGUUCUAAAAAAGAAGAGAGAUUACAAUUAAUCUCUUCAAUAAAAAAAAUAUUUUAAAUAUAUUUCUCUAUA